UACUGUAUUUUUUUUAAAUUUAAUUUACUUUUAAUGAUGAAUAAUAAUAUUGAACCAAAUACUUCUUCAAAUUUUCUCCAAGUUCCUUCUGAUGGAGAUAUACCUCCAUCAAGAUGGAGAUUUGCAGGUAUUAUUCCUAUAAGGCGACAUUCUACUGGAAGUAGACAUGGUGGUAGUUCUCCAGAACCUAGACGGCCUACUAGAAAAUCAACAAUUAUUCCACCUGUUGGGCUUACAACGAAUCAAGAUCCAUUACUUAGAUUACGAGUGGUUGCUGGCCAUUCUCUUGCAAAAAAAGAUAUAUUUGGUGCAAGUGAUCCUUAUGUAAGAAUUGAAUUAAAUACUAUUGUUGGAAAUGUAACAAUAGACUCUGUUUUAACUAAAACUAAAAAAAAGACCUUAAAUCCCGUUUGGAAUGAAGAAUUUGUAUUUCGAGUUCGUCCUCAUGAACAUAAACUAGUUCUACAAGUGUUUGAUGAAAAUCGUCUUACUCGGGAUGAUUUUCUAGGGAUGGUUGAAGUACCAUUAAAUAAUUUACCAAAAGAAAUAAUUGGUAGAAAUAUAUGCAGUGUUCGAUAUGUACUAAAACCUAGAAGUGCAAGAUCAAGAGUAAAAGGUUACCUUGAAUUGUAUCUAGCUUACGUUCCAGAACAUGAACCGGGAACUUCUGGACGUUUGUCUGCUGAUGGAGAAUGGGAAAUGAUUGAAAAUGCUGAAGUUUUAAAUAUUUCCCAUACACCUUCAACUUAUACACCAAAUGUAAUUGAACCACAAGGAGUUUUACCUACUGGUUGGGAAGAACGACAAGAUGCAAAUGGAAGAACAUAUUAUGUAAAUCAUUUAGCUAGAUCUACUCAAUGGGAAAGACCAACAUCUAUGACUGUUCAAACUGAUGCAAAUACAAUUCAAAAUUUGGCUUUGGCAGCUACUGAAUUCGAAAGAAGAUACCAUAUCAGUGUAGAUACACCAGAAACUGAUAAAGGUGAUCCUACCCAGAAAAAGGUUGUUCAUAGUGAUGCAGAUGAUGAAAGUGAUGAAGGAUAUGAAGAGUCUGAUCCACUUACUAACGUUGAUCGUCGUCUUUCCAGUGUAUCGGUUACAGCUAAUCAGAAUCAGAGUGAUGAAGUUGAUUUAAAUAAUGAACAAAGUAGUACUGCUCUGGUUCAAGAAGAUAUUUCAGAAGGAUCUGAAGGUUUACCUAAAGGAUGGUCAAUGCAAGUGGCUCCUAAUGGUCGGACAUUUUUUAUCGAUCAUAAUACUAGAGCUACAACUUGGGUAGAUCCUAGAACUGGUCGAGCAAGUUCUAUGCCUAAUCAAAGUCAACCACCUGUAACAGAUUGUGUAGUUUCUACAUCUGCUUAUAAUGAUGAGUUGGAACCUUUGCCAGAAGGGUGGGAAGAAAGAGUUCAUGCGGAUGGAAGAAUAUUUUUUAUUGACCAUAACACAAGAACAACUCAAUGGGAAGAUCCAAGAUUAAAUAAUCCUAAGAUUGCUGGUCCCGCAUUACCUUACUCAAGGGAUUAUAAAAGGAAAUAUGAGUCUCUCAAAACAAGACUGAGUAAAAUGGCACAUGGACCACCAGCUAAAAUGGAGAUUAAGGUACGACGAUCUAAUAUUCUAGAAGACUCUUUCCGAAUUAUUAAUUCAAUGCAUCCAGACAAAUUAAGAGCAAAACUAUGGGUUGAAUUUGAGCAAGAAGUUGGACUCGAUUAUGGUGGUCUUGCUAGAGAAUGGUUUUUUUUAUUAUCUAAAGAAAUGUUUAAUCCAUAUUAUGGCCUUUUUGAAUAUUCUGCUAUGGAUAAUUAUACAUUGCAAAUUAAUGCAAUGUCAGGUCUAUGCAAUGAAGAACAUCUUCACUAUUUCAAAUUUAUAGGAACUGUUGCUGGUAUGGCUGUUUAUCAUGGAAAACUUUUGGAUGCAUUUUUCAUUCGUCCAUUUUAUAAAAUGAUGUUGGAGAAACCUAUUGAGUUGAAAGACAUGGAAAGUGUUGAUUCUGAGUAUUAUAAUUCACUUCUAUGGAUUAAAGAAAAUGAUCCUUCUGAAUUAGAUUUAACAUUUUCGCUCGACGAAGACAGUUUAGGACAUACAUCACAUAGGGAAUUGAAACCUGAUGGUGCAAAUAUUCAUCUAACACAAGAAAAUAAAGAUGAAUACAUUAGUUUAGUAAUUCAGUGGAGAUUUGUAUCCCGUAUACAAGAACAAAUGAAUGCUUUCCUACAAGGUUUUGGUUCCAUAGUACCUUUAAGCUACAUUAAAAUAUUUGAUGAAAAUGAAAUGGAACUUUUAAUGUGCGGUAUUCAAAAUAUUGAUGUAAAAGACUGGAAAGAAAAUACUCAUUAUAAGGGUGAUUAUUCACCCAACAACAUUGUUAUUCAAUGGUUUUGGCGAGGCGUCUUGUCGUUCAAUAAUGAAAUGAGAUCUAGGCUCUUACAGUUUGUAACGGGUACAUCUAGAGUUCCAAUGAAUGGAUUCAAAGAAUUAUAUGGUAGUAAUGGACCACAGUUAUUUACAAUUGAAAGAUGGGGUACCAAAGAAAAUUAUCCUAGGGCACAUACCUGUUUUAAUAGGUUGGAUCUUCCACCUUAUGAAAGUUAUCAUGAAUUGCGAAACAAAUUAAUUAAAGCAAUUGAAGGCUCACAAGGUUUUGCUGGAGUGGAUUAAUGGAAAUUUUGAAAAUAUAUACAAAAAUACUGGAGUUACCCACUACCAAAUGCAAAUUUAUGUUACAGUAACAUUACCCCUCCAAUGAUCACAUGUGAUAUGACUAUAACAUUAGUGUUAAUUAUAAUAAUCAUUCCAAAGUGGAAUAUUAAAGUUUUUUAAGUAAGUUGUAAGUAUUAUAAAUUAAUG